CAAGCUGUGCCCCAGGAAAUUUAUAAUUUGGCAACUGGCUCAUCCAUUCAUUUCUCAUUGGUGUGGUUCACGUGUGCUUGCAAAGGUCAGACUUUUGCCCUUCGAAUGUCCUCUCUCCCUCUUCCACAGGAAACACCCACAUGUGGAUCCUUGUUUAAAGGAGAAAGUACUAGUCCUGAGCUUUUAGUGCGGUGGAUGUCAUCAGGCCUGGGUUUGCAGCUUGUUUUUUUACCAUGACAAGUCAUAUGCGCCCUUAAGCAGUCCCGCUCUUGGUCCAAGCUUCCUGCGUGGGAAUACUGCGGUCCUCCUUUCAGGCAGCUGUGAAUGACAAACGGUCGCUGGCUGCCGUGACACCCAUUGUCCCGCGAGAGUGCCCUAGCUGGGCCCCAGUAUCCUGGAGGCGGUGCCAGCUCGGGUGCCCCUCCCACAGGCAGGCGCCGGUGCCGACCAAACGCCCAGGUUCACCCAGCACCGGACGCUGGUCCUCAAUCCUCGCGAGGCCCCCAGAGGUGCUGGGGUCCCUGCAGGGCCGGGCCACCUGCCAAAGAGCUCUGGCCGCGCCAGAAUCGGAUUCGGGAAGCGGCGCGCCAUGAGCAGCUCCCUGCGGCCGGGCCCCAGCCGCUGGCGGCGGGCGGCCAGCAUCGUCCUGGCGUCUGGCUGGACGCACCCGGAGACCGCCACCCCGCCGUCGCGCCCGCCGCCCGCCGAGGGCUUCCGGCUGCUACUGCUGCAGCGCUCCCCGCACCAAGGCUUCAUGCCAGGCGCGCACGUCUUCCCGGGCGGAGUGCUGGAUGCCGCCGACCGCUCGGCGGACUGGCUGGGCCUCUUCGCCCCGUACCACAGGCCGCCGCGCUUCGGCCUGGGCCCGGCGCCAUUCAGCCGUGCCGCUUUCCCGUCGCUGCCCGACACCGAUGACCACAAUGCCGACAACACUGGGACGCUGCCUGAGGACGUAGCCUUCCGCAUCUGCGCCGUGCGGGAGGCCUUCGAGGAGGCGGGCGUGCUGCUACUGCGGCCCAGGACUUCCCCACCAGGCCCAGCACCUGGGCCCGGCCUCGCCCUGGAGCCGCCAGCGGGCCUGGCCGCCUGGCGCGCCCGCGUGCGCCGGGACCCGCGCCACUUCCUGCGGCUGUGCGCCCACCUCGACUGCACACCCGACAUCUGGGCGCUGCACAACUGGAGCGCCUGGCUCACCCCUUUCUUGCGCGGCACCACUCGCCGCUUCGAAACGGCCUUCUUCUUGUGCUGCCUGCGGGAGCCGCCGCCCGUCUACCCCGACUUGGCGGAGGUGGUGGGCUACCAGGCUCAUCUCCAGCUCCUGGUGUGUCCAGAAUUGGUUUCUUCCGGUGGGUUCUUGGUCUCGCUGACGUUAAGAAUAAAGCCGCGGACUCUUGCGUGGUCAUCUCCAUCAGAGGCAACUGAAAGUUUCUUAACAAAAGAAAUUUGGUUGCCACCCCCACAGUUCUACGAAGUGAGAAGACUUGCAAACUUUGCCUCUCUCUCUGACUUGCACAAAUUUUGUUUGGGUCGUGCAUUAGAAGGACUGGAAAGGUGGCUGCCGAUCAUCUUGUUAACUGCUGAUGGGAUGGUCCAUCUUUUACCAGGUGAUGAGCUAUAUUUAGAAGAUUCAGACUUUUUGGAAAAUCUUAUGUCUACUGAAAAAAAGACUGAGGAAAUCAUGAAGGAAGGCAAGCAAUUUCACCGGAUAGUGACAUACAAUCGCCACCUUUAUGAUAUCCACGUGACUGUUCAGUCAAAGUAUAAACACGUUUAUCCUAAGAACUCUGUAGUAAGAAAAAGCCAUUUGUAGGGUGCUUAAGCUUGUUUGUAAAAUGGCCUACUUGAAGUCCUCAUGAAUAAUGAGGGUUGACUUUCAUUUUCUUGAAACUUAAGGAAGUUUGUGCCUAUAAAAGUUAUUGCAAUUCAGUAUUUCUUUUCUUUUUCUUUUUUUUUUUUUUUUUUGAGACAGAGUCUUGCUCUGUCUCCCAGGCUGGAGUGCAGUGGCAUGAUAUAGGCUCACUGCAAGCUCUGCCUCACGGGUUCAUGCCAUUCUCCUGCCUCAGCCUCCUGAGUUGAGUAGCUGGGACUACAGGCGCCCGCCACCAUGCCCAGCUAAAUUUUUUGUAUUUUUAGUAGAGACGGGGUUUCACCAUGUUAGCCAGGAUGGUCUCGAUCUCUUGACCUUGUGAUCUGCCCGCCUUGGCCUCCCAAAGUGCUGGGAUUAUAGGCGUAAGCCACCGCACCCGGCCUUUUUUUUUUUUUAUUUGAGACAGAGUCUCACUCUUGCCCAGAACCCAGGCUGGAGUGCAGUGGCCCAAUCUCGGCUCACUACAACCUUCGCCUCCCAGGUUCCAGCAAUUCUCAUGCCUCAGUCUCCUGAGUAGCUGGGACUAUAGGCAUGUGCCACCAUGCCCCACUAAAUUUUGUAUUUUUAGUAGAAACAGGGUUUCACCAUGUUGGCCAGGCUGGUCUCGAUCUCCUGACCUCAUGAUCCGCCUGCCUUGGCCUCCAAAGUAUGGGAUUACAGGCGUGAGCCACCGCGCUCAGCAUGGUGUUUCUUAUAUCAAGUGUUUUAGGGAGCUCUCUUGCUUAUUCCAUUCUUUAAUCCUUACAGUGUGCCACACGUAUGAAGUUUAUAAAGUAUUAAUGAUCUCAUUACCCAAAACAAGAACAUAAUUUCACAAGGGUUACCACUUCUGUAUUGUUUUAUUAUCUCAAAAAUUUAAAUAACAUGUUCUGCUGCUUUAUUGUUCUUGCUCUCCACCGUAUUAGCACCUUCCCUGAUGUGCUUUGGAGGUUGAUCAAUGAAUUUCUGAGACUUUCUGCUGGAAUUACUUGAGGGGUGUCUUAUUAGAUGAUGAAAAGUAGGCUGAGAUACCCUUCAAGUGACCUUGUCAUUGUUUUCUUGCUAUGUCUUUAGCUUAAUGAUUAAGAUACAAUUCUUUUUAAAAUCAAAUGGUAUUAUGUUUCCCAAAUUAGAAAUCGAUUUUAGUUAACAUUUUAUUUUAUUUAUUUUUGAGACAGAGUCUCGCUCUGUUGCCCAGGCUGGAGUACAAUGACACAGUCUCAGCUCACUCCAGUCUCCGCCUCCCGGAUUCAAGCGAUUUUUCUGCUUCAGCCUCCUGAGUAUCUGGGAUUACAAGCACCCACCACCACGCCCAGCUAAUCUUUGUAUUUUUAGUAGAGACGUGGUUUCACCAUGUUGGCCAGGCCGGUCUCAAACUUCUGACCUCAGGUGAUCUGCCCACCUCGGCCUCGCAAAGUGCUGAGCAUGAGCCACCACACCUGGCCUAGUUAGCAUUUUAAAGAAACACAAAGCCAUAACAAAAACCAUCAUUGUUUGUAUUCCACACUGUUAAUGAAUGUAAAGAGGUUAGAAAUGUAGUGUUUGAUUAAUGAUGUUUAUUUUUACUGUAUUUAAUAUGAGUAAUUUUUCAUCAUCUUUCAAGAGGAAUAAUAUUUAUUGAUUAAAGGUGAGAAAUGAUAGUGAAGACACCAAUUCCAUGUCCAGAUCUUGACUGUAUCAUGCAUUGUACAAUUGAUUUCAUAUUUUAUGAAAUGCCUUAGUUUUCCUACUAUAACAUAAAGACAAUGAUGAAUAAAGUUUAUGUGUAUGAUUUAA